UUAAACUUGUGAAUGGCUCUAACUCUUGUUCUGGACGAGUUGAAGUUUUUUUUGAUGACCGGUGGGGAACAGUAUGUGAUAAUGGCUGGGAUCCAUCAGACGCUGCAGUAGUGUGUAAAGAACUUGGCUGUGGGGAUGCUAUACAAGCAAAGAGUGGUGCUUAUUUUGGACAAGGAUCUGGACCUGUAUGGCUAAGUAAUGUACAGUGUGGCAGUUCCUCUACUCUAAGAAACUGCAAUUCCCUGGGAUGGGGACAGAGCGACUGUGGACAUGAGAAGGAUGCUGGAGUCACCUGUCAACGUGAGUACAAAAUCUUGCACACAAAAUCAACAUAAUUAACUGUAUAUUGUUCACUUGUAACACACAUGUUUUUGUGGCCAUUAGUUAACAUCAGAUUGGUGAAUGGCAUCACCUCUUGUUCUGGACGAGUGGAGGUUUUUCUUUACAGUCAGUGGUUAACAGUGUUUGAUGAUGGCUGGGGUCUAACAGAUGCUGCAGUUGGGUGUAGACAAAUGGGAUGUGGAGAUGCUAUAGAGGCAAAAGGUGGUGCAUACUUUGGACAAGGUGUCGGACAAAUAUUUGGUAUAAACUGUUUUGGAAAUGAGACCAUGCUUAUUGAUUGUGAAUUACUUAAAACGGAAAUUAAUGACCAUUCAAGGGAUGCCGGAGUCAUCUGUGACCCUUCUCUCAGGCUCAUCAAUGGACAUAACUCUUGUUCUGGACGAGUGGAGGUUCUUUAUAAUGGAACAUGGGGAACAGUGUGUGAUAAUAACUGGGAUCUAACAGACGCUGCAGUGGUGUGUAGAGAGAUGGGCUGUGGAGAUGUGAUCGAGGCCAAGAGCGCUGCUUAUUUCGGUCAGGGAUCAGGACCUGUAUGGAUUAGUGAUUUACAAUGUUCUAACACUGAUUCAAGACUAAGAGAGUGUGAAUCAAGUGGAUGGGGAAGAGUCAGCUGUGGACAUGACAAAGAUGCAGGAGUCAUCUGUAAGGAUAACGUUAGGCUGGUCAACAGCACCAACCCCUGUUCUGGACGAGUUGAAGUUUUUCGUGCCGGUCAGUGGGGAACAGUGUGUGAUGAUGCCUGGGAUGCAUUAGAUGCAGCAGUGGUUUGUACACAACUGGGCUGUGGGAACGUUUUAGAAGUAAAGAGUGCUGCCUACUUUGGAAAGGGCACAGGAACAGUUUGGAUGAAUAAUGUAAACUGUUUUGGGAGUGAGCCUGCAUUGAUGAGCUGUUCACAUAAUGCAACUCCAAACAGAUGUGGCCAUGAGAACGAUGCUGGAGUCAUUUGUGGAUCUGUUAAAUUCAUGUUGAGGGUGGAAGUGAAGGCUAACCUUCAAGUCAACCCAAAUUCAGCUGGAAUCUUAAAUAAACUUUCAGAGGAGAUUAGGAAGAGGCUGCAUAUUAAUGAGACUUUCUCACUGAGAACUCAGGACGAUGGAAAAAUCUUUCAUAAGAGAACAGGAGCUGCACCAUAACAAAUUGGUCAUUUCUGGAAAAAGGAGGAGAAAACAAGCAAACACUAGGGCAUUGAGUGCUACAUUUUGAGUGAAAUUAAUAAUUAUCUUGCAUAUAUUUCCACAUACAAUAAUAUUUUAUGUAUCCAUGUAGUUGAUGAUGAAGUAUCAUUGUGUCACAUUCUAACUUGCUAAAUAUAAAUGUAAUAUAUAUUGUAAAAUAUAACUUGAUAUAGCCAAUAUUGUAUAUAUAAACUUGUCUGAGGCUAAAUAAAUGAAUAUAUAAUAGCAAUAUGUUUAAUGGUAAUUUCAAUGAACGCAAAUCCAUUUGCUUAAUUUAUAUAAUUGCAUAAUAAACAUGAAUAAUGUGUGAUUAAACAAUUAUGUUUCUGGAUGUUGUAGUCUUUCUGGUCCCAAUUAUCUUGUUUUACAGAAA